UCCAUACCUUUCAUCUGCAGGGAACCGGUUUAUCUGACUGCACGCAAGCUCUCCUCUCUUCUCGGUGGAACAACCAUUUAUUGCUGCAUAGGAAAUCAAACACUCCAUGGCCAGUGGAUCAGCGUUCAUAGCGAAUAGGAAAACCUUGUGGACAGACAUUGAACCAAAUGAGUGGAGUGAAGAGAAUGUUGCUGCCUUUGUUGAACACGAGCUAAAACUGCCUCAAAAUGUAGUCAAGAAGUUUCUGGACAACAACGUAGACGGAAACAUGCUGCUAGAACUAACAAACAACGAACUAAAACAUGAACUGGGCAUCGAAUCGUUGGGACACAGAAAGAAACUGCUGGAGGCUACAAAUAGACUCAAACGUGGUUAUGACAAAGAAAAUCGAGCUAAAUUUUCUGAUAUUGUGGAAACUUCAAGACGUGGAGACGGACUUCAUUGUAAACUAAAGCAUGAAGGAGAAAAUCUACGACAUGAGUCUCAUCCUUUUUCUACAUCUGGUCCCAUCAGUGGACGGUCGUCAACUGAACAACCUAAGGGCAUUACAUCAGUUGGAAAAGGCUGUCGAUCUGAUUUUUUCUCAGAUUCAGACAUGGAUGAAACAACAACGUUUAGCUCAAUUUCAGAUCCUCCUACAAUGUCAUUGACUUGUGAACUUUCAGAUGCAGAUCAUGAAGUGGCUGUACUUGCAGCAGCAAGUGAAAUCAGCAAAUCAACUCGAAAUUCACAUGAAAUCGUCAAAGACACAGAACUCUCACCAACAAAACCUUCCUGUGCUCCAAGCAAUUGGACAAAGACUGACGAUCUUACAAUGUCAGACGAACUAGAUGCUACUCUGGCUGCAAGUCUAACUGAAGAUAAGAAAGCAUUGCUUGUCAAGCAACAGGUUCGAUCAUAUCAAAAGGAACUAAUUGAUAAAAUCCAUAAAGCUGAAGCAAAGGGUCAUAAUGCAAUUGUGUGUGCACCUACUGGCAGCGGCAAGACUCUUGUAGCUGCAAGCUAUUGUGUUGAUGUGCUAAUGGAAGCACGAGAAACAUCAACUGUUGAUGCACCAAACACGUGCAUCUACUUUCUUGUGCCAACAAAUCAUUUAGUCGACCAACAAGCUAAAUACAUCAGUGAAUAUGUUGAAAAUUGUAGUGUGGGUCAAAUCAGUGGAGACCAAAGUGAUGAGACUACAUUGCACGAACAGAGUAGAAUCAAUGACAUUGUGGUGAUGACUCCCAUGAUUUUGGUCAAUGCUUUACGAGAGAGUGACCCACAAAUCAAAUUGUCUGAUGCAUUGCUGCUCGUACUGGAUGAAUGCCAUCAUACUGAGAAGGACCAUCCAUACAUGAAGGUCAUGGAUAUUUAUCUCAAACAAAAGCUUUGUUGUAAAGAUGGUGCAGUGAAAGCUGCAUUGCCUCGUGUGUUGGGGAUGACAGCAACUCUGGGUGCUGGCUCGGUGAGCACUCCACGAGAUGCAGAAAGUCAUGUGUUGACAUUGUGUGCAAACUUGGAUGCACUCGAAGUCAUAAAAGUUACAGAAAAUUGUGAUGAAUUAUACAAGUAUGUUUCUCAUCCUCACACUGAGAUGAAGCCAGUUGCCAAACGUUUGAUUGGUGAUCCUUUUCACUGCAAAAUUGUUGAAAUCAUGAUAAAAAUACAAAGAAAGUCAAGUUGCCGUUUGGAGCUGCCAUUUGAGUAUGGAUCACUGAAGUAUGAGACUGCAAUCAACCAGCGACGUGUUGCUUUAGAAGAGGAAGGUGAUCAUGAAGGUCUUGUCUUUGUGAGAAAUCUCAUUGUCUACAACCGAUGUUUACAAAUUUACCAAGACAUGAGGAAAGAAGAGGCACUAGAGUUUCUUCGUCGAACUUUCUAUAAUGAAACUGUAAAGGCAGAAAGUGAUUCAAAGUUGGGAAGACUGAUAAACAAUGAGGCAGAGGUGAAUGUCGAUCAAUUUUUAGAGUUGCAACAAGUCAGAUCAUCGGAUAAUCCAAAGCUAAUCGAGUUAAAGAGACUGCUGCUUGAAGAAUUCAAGAAAUCUGAUAAAGCACGAGGAAUCGUGUUUAUGAAAACGCGUGAGUUUACAUCUGCUGUUGUCAAAUGGAUCAAUGAGGAUCCCGAGUUGAGUAAGAUAAUUAUCAAUCCAAAGCGGUUAGUGGGAGGAGGAAGUGAAAGGAGAGAUCAGAUGACAAAAGCAGAGCAGUUGGAGGCAAUUUGUAGCUUCGAUCUUGGCAACUGCAAUCUAUUAGUAUCAACAACAAUUGGAGAAGAAGGUCUUGAUAUACCAGAGUGCAGUUUCGUUAUUCGAUAUGAAACUGUCACAAGUGAAAUCGCUGAAGUUCAAGCUCGAGGCCGAGUUCGAGUUCAUCUCCCAUCCAGUCACUUUGUAGAGAUUGUAACACGAGGAUCUCAGAACGAAUUGCAAGCAAAAGCCAACAAAUACAGACAGACACUAAUGGAUGAUGCAUCUCAGGCUCUGAAACGUCUAGUUGAAUCUGAUCAGCACAAUGAAAUUCAGAAAAGGCAGCUUGAUAGGCUGAAGAAACUUGAUGAAAAAGAAAGGCACCUUCGAUUCAGACGUCAGACCAGCAAAGCAUCAGAUGUGAAAGUCCACUGCAAAUUGUGUGGAACGUUUGCAUGCAAGGCGUCGGACAUCACUCGUAUCAAUACAUUCUAUGUGGUGACUGACAGUGUGUUGGAUACAAAGAUCAAAAUCAAAGAGAGUCCGAAACCGAUAUAUGAUUCCGUGGGCAAGAUAUACUGCAAAAAAUGCACUGCUGAUUGGGGUGUGUUGGCACAGUUUGGAAACGGUGUGAAACUGCCUUCAUUGAAGUGUGCCAGUUUUAAGUUUACCCUAUCUGGAAAAGCAAAGCUUGUCAAGAAAUGGAAAAGUGUUCCGUUUGAAAUUCUAGAGAAAAGUGAGGGAGACUUGUUGGCAGAUUGCAGUGAUUCUUAGUAAUUGGUAGAUGUCUGGUCAACAUGUAGUGCAAUUUGUCUGUUUGUGGUGAAUAUGAAUGUAUUGCAAUGAGUUGGGUCAUAUUGCAUGCACAUGACAUGUAACCAGAUAUUCGUCGCGUGCGUGCACACAC